AUGGACCUUUCCAGACCCAGGUGCAGACUCUGGAGAAAACUAGUCCUCGUGGCCAGUCUGCUGGCCUGUGGGAUCACCCAGGCCUCCAGCCAAAUGUACAUCAGCCCAGACCCAUUCACAGGUUUGAAGGGAUUCCAGAGCCUCCUGACUGUCAACAAUGCCCCUAAAGAUGUUCAGGAAUAUAGUUGGCACCGGGGUGCAAAUGACACUGAGGAAAAUCUGAUUAUCAGCUACAACACCACAUCUCACUCCCAGCAGAAAGGGCCCGUGUACAGUGGCCGGGAAACAGUGUCCCAUACAGGUGCCCUGCUGAUCAAGGGUUCUCAAUUAAACGACACGGGGAACUACACCGCGCGGGCGGCUGCCUUCAGUGACACCCAGAGAGCAACUGGCUGGCUCGAGGUUCGAGAGUUUGAAAUCCCGGGCAUCUCAGUCAACACCAGCAUCGUGCUAGAGGAUGUGGACUCCGUGGUUGCCAUCUGCCACACCAACAACACCGAUGUCCAGUGGUAUGUGGCUCACACACUGGUGUCCAGCUCUGAACGCACGGCCAUCUCCCCAGACACAAAGACUGUCAUCAUCAAAAGGGUCAAGAACUACGACUCGCCGCUGCAGUGUGGGGUCAAAAUUGUCUUAGGGACUGUCACUCAGAGAAGUGAACUGAUCUAUCUGACGAUGGCCUAUGGACCCUCUUAUGUAAUGAUCCUCAGCGAGCCUGGUAACAACAAUGGCAUCCUGCCUGCUGAGAUUAGUUCCCAUGUGGAGAUGGUGUGUGUUUUCAAUGGCGCACCAGAAUCCAAGUACCGCUGUAUCCACAGUGGCUCCCUCCUGAGCUUCUCAGAGAAGAACAUCACCCUCCCGAGUCUGACCUGGGACCAGAUGGGCAGAUACAGGUGCAUCGUGGAGAACAACCUCACCCAGCUGACCUUGCAUGAGGAAGUCCAGGUCCAGCACCCCCGUGAGUGCAGAAGGUUUAGCCAAAGCAUCACCAUGUCAGCAUUCCUCCUGGACUUCCUCAUGGCGUGGUCAAUCUUGGGCUAUGUCCUCCUCUUUACUCUCAUCCUUGUGGGCCUCAUCAGAUGUUACUCCACCAGUCUGCUGGCCUGUGGGAUCCGCCAGGCCUCCAGCCAAAUCUACAUCGCCCCAGAUUCACUCAUCGGAGUGGAAAGAUAUUCAAGCUCACUGGCCGUCGAGAAUGCCCCUGAAGAUGUUCAGGAAUACAGCUGGCACCGGGGUGCAAAUGACACUGAGGAAAAUCUGAUUAUCAGCUACAACACCACAUCUCAUUCCAGGCGGGAUGGGCCCAUGUACAGCGGCCGGGAAAGUGUGUCCAUUAGAGGUACCCUGAGGAUCUGGAGGUCACAGUUAAAUGACACGGGGAACUACACAGUGAGGGUGGACACCAUCAGUGACACCCAGAGAGCAGCUGGCUGGCUCGAGGUUCGAGAGUUGGAAAUCCCGCAAAUCUCAGUCAACACCACCUCCGUCGUAGAUGGUGAGGAUGCGGUGGCUGCCACUUGCUACACCAAUGACAGCCACAUCCAGUGGUAUGUGAAUUAUGUACCGGUGUCCGGCAAUUACAGGAUGACCAUCUCCCCGGACAACAAGACCCUCGUCAUCCGAAUAUUCGGCCGCUUAGACUCACCACUUCAGUGUGGGAUAGAAAUUCUCCCAGAGCUUAUUCAGAAAAGUGACCUCGUCUAUGUGACAGUGGCCUGUGAGUGUUCUGGGGUUGUGAGAGUGAAGCCGGGGGUGGGGCUCAGGGUUUUCCCAGGGCGUAGCAGUAAGACCAGCAGAACUGGAGAGAGCGGCAUGA